AUGAAUUGGCUACUCUUUCUUUCAAAUCUGGCCAUCAUAGCCAGGCCAGCUGGCGCCUGGCAGUAUAUUUCUCCAGAUGCACUCCCUUCUUACGAUCUCUCGGAUAGCUGCAAAGCUGCUUUGGUGGUCGACCUUGCCUGUCCUUCACAAGUAGCUAGCUUCUUUGAGAGGGAGCCUGUUCCGCUUGCCUCUUUGGAGGAGGCAUGUACUGAUGCUUGCCGCACUUCGCUAGCCAAUUUUGAGGCCAAGUUGAAGACAGAGUGCAGCGAGGAAGAUGUUAUUGAAUAUGAGCUUGGCAGUGAUCCUGUUCAUGUCUCGGUCAUAGCGACGGAUAUCUACUAUCACUUCACCAGGACUUGUAUCAAGGAUGGGAACAGAUGGUGCAAUGUCUGGGCUUUUGAGAACUCUCCUGAUAAGACCUCUGGUCAAGCUAGCGUCACAGCCUCCGUCAACAAGUGUGACAACUGCGUUAUCAAGCCCUUUCAGUUCCAGGCCGGCACCUCUUAUUCAAAUGGUUAUGAUUUGCAAGGGGCUUACGCCAGCCUAACCAAGAGCUGCUCUAAAUCCGGCUUCCCAUUAGCAACUACGGUAACCGAAAAGACACCAACCACCACAGUCCCAACGGCGCCUUGCUCGGGUGUUAUGUACACUGUCAAGGCCGGGGAUGAUUGUCGCUCCAUCUCCAAGGCUAAUGGUGUUUCCACGUCCUGGAUGCUGUACGACAACGGGUUGAAGGCUUUCUGCAAGGACUUCCCAGCGGCAGGUGGGAGUAUCUGCAUUGUGAACAAGUGCAAGACGUACACUGUUCAAGCCAAAGACACAUGUCAGAGUAUCGCCGCCGCUGCUAAUAUCACUCAGGUGCAGCUGUACACAUGGAAUCCUGUGCUCGGAGAGUCCUGUAGCCGCUUGUCCUUAUCUGUAGGCCAUACCAUCUGUCUUGAGCCUCAUGACGACGAAGACUACGCCGCAAUCACUCGCCCAGCCACUACCAAGGUACCAGUAGCCACACCGGCUCCGGUGCCCUCCAACAUCGCCAGCGGUACAAACAAGAACUGUGCUCAGUUCUACUCUGUCGAGAUUGGCGACUACUGCAACCAGAUCAUCAUGAAGUUCAGCAUCUUACUCGAAGACUUUCUCUUCCUGAACCAAGGAGUCAACAAAGACUGUACCAAUCUCUACGCCAAAGAAUCCUACUGUGUUUCUCCUGUGGGGCCCAUCAACAUGUAUCCUGGCCAUCCAGACUACGUUGAUCCCACCACCGUUGUUGCUGAUAUAAACUUCAACGACUUGCCCAACGCGACCUUCUCCGCGCCCGCUAUCACUGAUGUGAUCACUUACCUCCCUAGAGCUAGUGGUACGCGAAGUGACUGUCACAUCUUCAUGGACGGCAAGGAUUUACAGUACGACAUGAGCUGGAGCUUUUCAUUCUCGGCGUGCGUAGCACUGGCCAAGGUGUGGGGUAUUUCCCUCGAGGAGUUGGGAAACUGGAACCCUUCUCUUGACACAAGCUCCCCCGACUGUGCUUUCGCAGAGGAGAAGAGCUACUGCAUGGCUGCGUAUAAACUUGUGCCCACUUACAAGACUGAAUCCGAUGAGCCUGAACCAGGGACGACAACGACAACAGCCACCACUACUGGCAAUGGAGUUUCCACACCUACCCCUAUUCAGUCUGGUAUGGUAUCCAACUGCAACAAGUUCCAUAUCAUAGGCAAGACGACAACCUGCCAAGGCAUUGCGGACUACAACAAGAUUUCUAUCUCCGAUUUUUACAAGUGGAACGCCGGGAUCAAGUCCGAUUGUUCCAACUUGGAGCUAGGCGCUUAUGCCUGUGCUGGUGUCAUCGCAUCGAUAUCACAGCCUGUAACAACGCCGAAGCCAACGACUACUGACAAUGGCAUCUCCACGCCCACGCCUACUCAGCCCGGCAUGGUAUCUAACUGCAACAAGUUCCAUGUCGUGGGCAAGACAACGACAUGCCAAGGAAUUGUUGACUAUAACAAAAUCACAAUGGCCAACCUCCUCAAGUGGAAUACCGGCAUUAACUCAGGGUGCACCAACAUUGUGCUGGGCAACUACAUCUGUGUGGGGGUCAUCAUAACCACCCCAGAACCGACGACUACCAAGACUAAUGGCGGCGUGGUGACGCCAACGCCCACACAGGCAGGUAUGAUUCAGGGAUGCACCAAGUUCCAUCCGGUCAGGUCUACAACAACUUGCCAGGGUAUCUUGGACUAUAACAAGAUUACACUGGCGCAGUUUUACAAGUGGAACCCUGCGGUGAAGAGUGAUUGUAGCAACCUUUGGACUGACACGUAUGCAUGUGUUGCUGGACCUUAA